CCAAUAUUUACAACAAGUAAUAAAAAAAACAGAAUAGAAAAAGAAAAACGUAUUUUUUCUGUCAGACAAUAUAACCUCAAAUUCAUUUUGAAAUCCUCUUUCAUUUCAGUUUUUCAAUAUUAUGCCGCUUGGAAAAUUCGGGAAAAUUACGAUUUCUUGGGCGAUAAUCACAGUCACUAGUCUAUCCCUAUUCGUAGUAUCACGGAACUCUAUCAAUGCUAACCGUAUAGAGAAUAUGAAAGCUCGAGAACGCAUGCGAAGAUCUAACGAAGGAGAAUACGAAGACGUCUACAGAAAAUUGUGA